ACCUUAGAUACGCACGUAAUUGAAAGGCAAGUGAAUGUACAAACAUUAUGUUUCAAAAUCCUGAAUAUGUAUCUGAAUAAAGUAUCUCAUCAAUUAUUUUUAAAUUGAACCCAUUGUCGUUGUAACUUACGAUUUAGCCAUACACAUCCGGAGGAUUUUUGUUUUUUCCGCUCACCAUAUAUUUUGUGAAUUUAUCAAGCCGGUUUUUUAGAAACGGUUAGAUUUAACUUAAUGAUAAUGAUUAUGUAUUUCCCUCAUGCUCAAUAAACGAUGGGUUCAAAUUUGAAUAUGAUAGAAUUAUCCCCUCAAACAUUGGAAAAAGCAUUUUUAGAAUUAAACGAACAACCGCAACAACGACAGAAUGCCAUUACUGAGUUAAGACAUCGUAUUCAGUUACAAAGUUUACAAGGAUGUCUGGCUGAUGAAUUUCUUCUACGUUUUCUACGUGCUAAAAAAUUUAAUCAGGAUAAUGCAUUCAGACUAUAUACAAAUUAUUACAUAUUAAGAUUACGCUAUCCAGAUAUAUUCAAUGAUUUAAGACCAUCAUUAGUUGAACACGUAUUUCAAAGUGGAGUUGUAUGUCGAUUACCUCAACCAGAUUCAGAAGGUAGAGCACUUAUCUACUUUAGACCAGGUCUAUGGAACCCUGCAGAAUGGUCAACAAACGAUAUAUUUCGUGCUAAUGUACUUGUCAUCGAAGAAUUAUUAUUGUCUUGGCCAGCUGUACAAGUGCAUGGAGUAAUAAUUCUAGUGGACCUAUCAGGCUUUUCCUGGAGACAUGCCAUUAAUUUAGUGUCUCCUUGGUUUCUACAUCGAGCAGUACAUUUUUUACAAGGUUCAAGUCCUGUACGAGUAAAAGCUGUCCAUAUUUUCAAUAGUCCUUAUAUGUUUUCUAAAAUAUAUUCAACAUUAAUACCUUUGUUAAAACCGAAAAAUCAAGCACGUGUUGUUAUGCACAAUACAUCAUUAGAAAGUCUUCAUGCUGCAAUCCCUCCCCAUCUACUCCCAUGUAAUGGUGGUUUAAACGGAACUGGACCUCCAGUUCCAUCACCUGAAUAUAUCAAUGGUUUAUUAAACUUGGAAGAUUAUUUCAUUGAAAUGAAUAAAUAUCCAUAUCAUAUUAAUAGCAUAUCUGAAAUGUGAACAAUUGAUAAUCUAUAAACCGUUUAUUUGUAAAUUAUAUUAUUUGUCUAUGUAGAUUAUUAUCAUUAUGUUACUUAUUUUUUAAACGGACAUAUAUGUGAUAUAAAUAUAUUUCAUGUGUUCUUCUCUUAUGUACACUCACUCAUUCAUCAUCUGAUCAUAUUGAUAUACGUAUAGUUUAUGUUUAAUGUUUAAUCUUUUUGUUCACUGAUCCGUUUUAUUAUUAUAAAUGACAAUGACAUAACAGAUAUAUGGAGAGUCUUUCAAAUUUAUAUUCAGUGUUGACUUUUGUCUCCUGUUUUUCUACUUUCACUACUAAUUUCUCGAGAAUAUAUUCAUUUUGUUUCAGUCUUAUUUUUAAUGAAUAAUGUGACUCCUAUGUUAAGUAGAUCGAUGUGAAGAUUAUUAUUCGGACUUUUCUUAAGGUAAAUACUUAGAGUAGAUAGAUAAAUAGAAAAAGUUAGAUUCAUCUCAGCGUCGUUCUUAUGGAUUGAUGUAAUUUAAAAUCUAGUUAUAUUCCCCUUUUCCCAAUAAACAUCUGAAUGAAAUAAUAAGGGAGGAAAGCUAUUCAUACUGAUCCGAAUUUUUAAAAUCAUCUCAGGAUGUUCUUAUCACGUUGUUUCGGUUGUCUGUUAAUUAUUUGGGAUUAUUAAUUAGGUUGGUUACUUAAAGCGUAUUUUGUUUGAAUUUUUUUUCUUUCUACCUAAGUAAUUCUUGUACUAACUAAACCAGGCAUAAUUAUGUGCCUUGAAUAAACUUCUGGAUAAACAGUUCCAAUAUUGAUAGCUUUAAAAUAUGGAUAUGGAUUAGCUAUCAAAACUUUCAUGGAAAUUCGUGUAUAUUGGUUUGUUUUCUUGAAGAUUGAUUAAUAAUACAGUGUUAAUAUAUAACCGUUGUAGUUAUUACACCAUAAAACGACAAAUUUGUAAAGAAGAUCAUACUUAGGUUUUUUAUUACAACAGUUUACAAAAUACGGAUUAAGUCACUAAAGACUGUUUGACUUAUAGUGUAAUUAAGAGUCAGUCGAACAUACAAUACACACAUUAGUUCAAUGCUUACUACUAAUUAAUAACUAUUUAUAUUUGAAACAUUCAGGGAAUUCAGUUGAUAUGUUCCUUUUCAACAUAGCCAUUCUAGAAUAUGUUCAAAGAUAUGAUCCAUUACCCAUUACUUUUACUGUUUACUGAAUUCAACUCAAUAUACUGGUUGUCGAUUGAUAACGAAAAUGUUUAUGAUUCUGCGUACAAAUUGUAUGAGUAAGAGUGUGAUAUAUGAGAUAGAUCUGCUAUUAGCGAUCAUACAAGUGGUUCGCGUCAAUUUAAAGCACCUUUAACUCUGUUGCCAUGCUAAUCUGUUAGUAAAAUAUCUGACGUACAACUUUGAGGUGUAAACAGAGUUCUACUACAAUUUACAUGAAAACCUGAUUUUUCGAAUUGACGAUACCUGAAAAUGAUUGUUGUUCACAAAUUCCUCUCAUUGAGUGACAAUGUUGUGUACUAAACACUGAUUUUCAACAUUAUAAGAUGAAUUUUCAGUUAAUAGUACCUGUAUGAAACACUGACUUAUUCAAACUGUACGCAUAAUACAUCGUCAACUUUCAUUUCAGUUACUGUUUUGUAAUAUAAGGUGAAAUAAACUUACAAGUGGUUAGACUAUCACUUCUUGAUGUGCUGAUCUAACAGUCGUUGCUUCAUAAGGAUUAUACAAAAUGUGAAUCUUAAAUAUCCAAUGUCUUGUGGAUUUUUUCACAUUCAAUAGUUUAUAGCAGCUCACAUGCAUUUGAGUUUGUUCACAUUUAAUUUGGUCAAGCUCUUUUGUUAACUUAUUUAACGGACAAAGUCAUCUGUAUAAUAACAACUUAUCUAUACCGUUGUACCGGUAUUACUGUCGCGCUUGUAUAAAUAUGUAUGCUUGAGCAUCGCUUACUGCGUGGUGGCUAUUCUAAAUUCUACCGAUUGACCAACUGCAGAUAUCUCAGUUCGACCUCAAUACUGUUCGCCAAUCUCCAAUAAAUCAGACCGUGAACCGUUGGGUGAAAAUUGUUUAUGGGGCCAGGAGAAGAAGAAGAAGAAUACUUUACAGACAAUGCAUAUUUAUAAAGUUAGGAGGACCGUGAGUAUUGACCAAUAGGAAAAUGGCACGUGAAACAAAUAUUGACCAAUAGGAAGACGACGCCAUCUCACGUUCAAGGAUAGCAUUAGACCUAACAGAAUAAUCUUUGGGAUAUUUUUAUGAAUAUCCCAACAAUUCUGUAAAUUGGAAACUACAUCAAAGUUGAAUUAGUGUGAUAAUAACUUUAAAAUUUCAUUGGUUCAUAGAAACUCUUCUGAAAUCUUAUUGACUAUCAAAUAUCGAUUUACUGAAUAGUUAUAAAGUCGAUUGUAAUAUUUUUUGUUUGUUGAAAAAUUCAAUUUUUACAGCUGAUUAAUUUGGUUAACUGACAUUAUUUAAACUUAAUAAAUGAUGACCCUAACUAAAUUUGUAAAACGAUUUUUAAUUCGUACAUACACUGAAUGAUAUACAGCCGAUUGUCAUAGCCAAAUCUUAUGUAUUAAGUACUUACUGUAUCAAUCAGUCUGCUACAUUGGUUCAUGAUAAAAGUUAAACUCAGCCUAUCUUAGUUGUAUUCACAUUUACGUCAUUUAAGAUGAAUGACUAAAUUUAUGAAGCGUUCAAUUAUAUUGGAAUUGACAUACAUAUCAUAAACGGUACUGAAUGGUGGUCGUGUGAAGUGGUUGACUGAUCAUAGGUUUGAUUGUAGCUGAUAUCUUUGGUGCAUACUACUGAAGGGACCCAUUCUGUGACGAAACGGCUUUUAAUUGAUACUCAAAGUGAUAUCAAGCCAUGAUGAAUAUCCUAUACAAGUUGAAAAAGAUCUCUCAAAGGUACACAUUGGUUUCAAUAUCAUAACGUUGAUAACUGGUUCGAUCUGUUGUUCAUCGAAAUACUGGUUUUUUUUUUUACAAACUAACGUCUCUUAACGAAUCACAUGCAAGAUGAAGAUCACCUCUACUGUCACACUGGUACAUUCUAGUAAUUCCAGUUCAAGUGUGGCCAGAGGUAAUAAUGGUGGCAACCACAUACAAAGGUCGUAUUUCACAAUAAAUCGGUCCCUCAAUAAUGAAAAAUGACAAACUCCUGUAGUUUUAUAAUAAGUUCUUUCAGUAAGACAGAUUCAAAAGGGGAUCUAUUUUCUGGAUUUAGUGUUGUUCUAAUAUUCUUGUCCAAUUGUUUUAUUAUUAUUCUCAACUAUGAUAUCUUUUUAUUGAAUCUCACUUCAAUUCUAUUCGAUAACUUUUUAAAAAAGUUUUCAGGCAUGAGAUAUUUUUCUGGAUUAUGAAGAGUAUUUUUCUAGUAAAUACUGUAGGUUAGAGUGAAUAAUUAGUCUGCUCAAUUACUGUCGGUAUUUCAGAUUGAACCAAAUAAUUCAGUUACAUGUUAUAUGUUAUAUAUCAUGCAUAUAUACAUAUAUAUUCCAGGAUUUGUGAUGAUAGACAUUUUUUACUUCUUGUAAAAGAUGAAUAGAAGAAUGACCGAUUAACAGCGUAUAAUGACUAACUUUUAACUGCCCAUAAAAUUGAAUUAUUAAUGUAACACCUCGUCACCCAAUCGAACUGUUAUCCAAAAAGAAACACAUCGCCAGCAUAGUUUGUUUCUUUAGUGAAGUGAUAACGUAAUAUACAUAAUCUUAAGAACAAAUAAUAAAAUCUGACCAUCAGGCUUAAUUUUUACUUGUCAUAUCGAUAUGUAUUGAAAGAUAAUCUGGGGACGCUUAUAGUUAGGAAAACACCAUUGUCAGAAGACUAGCAGUUUGAUCCGAGGUUAGCUAAAAAUAUGUGCAUCAUUCAACCAUGAAGAUCAUCUUUGAUUGUAUCACACCCAUAUAUAUCAUGUUAUAACGAUGAAUGUGAAUCUCUUGGUGAAAAGUUGUUUAAAAUGAUGAAAACCGAAUCCAUACUGAUGCAUAUAAUUUGUCUAGACAAGUCACUAUUUCUUUUCUGCAAUAAUUAUCCAGAGUUUAAUUUUGAACAUAUGCUAUCGAAAGUAUUUCAUGAUACUGUAGACGUAACAGAUUUAUUCAGAACAAUCAUACAUAACCGAAUAUGUAUUAAAAAACUGAAACGAGUCGAAUUACAAAUAAUUAUUAACUUUUCUACUUAAAAUCCAUUCUCAAAGAUACUGGCU